AUGGUGCCUCAACAUGGUGAUGGUAUUGACACUAUGAAACAAGAAGCAGCAAAUUUAACUGGGAUUGAUUAUCGCUCGAUGUAUGAGCUUCCAAACCAGCAGCGAUCAUUCAUGACUUCAUCCAACUCCUCUUCAUCUACCUUCAAGACACUUCAAUUUGGUGAUGCAGAUAAAGUUUCAUCUUCUGUGAGCAUACUAAAAGACACACUGCAACGCAAGAUAACCGAGAAGGAAGCCACAGAUAAAAGCCUAAAUGGAAUCUUUUGUCCUCAAGAACCUGUUUUCCACAGAAAAUUGGAGUCAUCAGAAGCCAGGACAGCUUCACAAGAACCUUCUCAAAGUGAAUCCUCUGUUGCUGCACCUGUUGUCUCCUCUGGUUUAGAUGCUUGUGAAGGUUUCAGAGAACAGAUAAUGGAUAAUCUCAAAGAUGACCGAAAGAGGAGAAGUCUAGACAGAUAUGGAUCUGUAUCAAUGGCUGAGGCAAAGGAAAGAAACUUAACACCAUCAGUUCCCUCGGACAUGCAAGCUGUCUUGAAGCGUUGCGAGACCCUUGAAAAGGAAGUCCGGUCGCUAAAAUUUAAUCUGUCCUUCAUGAAUAGGAAGGAUUCUGAACAGACAAAACAGCUAGAAGACCUUCAGAGGCAGAACAAGAGUUGGCAGAUGAAAAAGAGCACCUCCUAG